AUGGAUGGCGAACGACGCGAACUACGAAGUUGGUCAAUAGAACCACGCGAUCGACGUGUACAUGCAGUAAGUCCCAUGCAUUUGCAAGAAGGUCGAAUCCUCAACUCAUUGCUGCAUGAGGCUCGUAAUAUUUCCACUUCAAGCAAUAAAAUAAAUGCUCAGCAAGUAGACGAUACCGGAAUUGAUGCAGCGGAAGAUACUAAAUUACAGCAAAUGAUUAACAAAUAUCAGUCACAAGUAAUUCAGCAGCAACUGUCAAGUCGAAACAAUCAUGAACUUAUCAAAAGCUUUGCAGCUUCUGCAGUGACUGCUCAACAGCAAAUGUCACCGAUGAGCCAUUCACAGCCAUGUCUCAUAACAAUCAACGACCAGAAAAACGAAUUAGUCGCAGAAUCUGUCUCACCAGUUUAUCAUCCCAGUCCUCCAUUUGACGGCAGCGAGCAUGCAAAUUUGAAGGCACAACUGAUUGCAAAUCAAAAUUUAGUGCGAGCGCUGCAAGACGAAAAUUCUGCCCUGAAACAACAGUGCGAUUUUUUGACUCUUAAAGCCAGUCGUUUACAACAGCUGGAAAAAGCUUAUGAAACUAUCGAAAAGGAAUAUGAGAAUUUAACGGCACAGAAGGAGAGGCAGGACAAUCUUGAGAAAGCGGCACGUAUGAAAAUGGAGCAGCAGAUAGCAAGGUAUGCUUCUGAAAACGAAAUGUUGCGAACGAAAAUUGCUGAAUUAAUACGAAGGAUACAAGCAGAAGAUCAGUCAGAACAAAUUAACAAGCUUAAUUUAUUGCUCAGUGAAAUCAUUCCCCAGAAUAAAGAAUUGAUGACAUGUAAAGAGCGCCAGAAAAUGGAUAUUGAAGCACUGGAAGUUACUUUGAAGGAUCAAAGAAAUCACAUUCAAAUUUUGGAGAAAGCUCUGGGAAAUGCACAAGAAAAAGCAUGGAGAAGAGAAAAAGAAGUGGAGGAGCUUACAGAAAAAGUAGAAAGGGCUGAAUCGUUGCAGAAGGCUGUUGAAAAAUCAAUGUUCGAUAAACGGUCACGGGAAGAUGAGUGGAACCGUGAAAGGGCACAACUUGAGAUGGAAAAUGCACAACUGAAAAUGCAAUUGGCUAAAGAAAGUGUUUCAGUUGGAGUGAAAAAGGGUUCGAGUGCUAGAAAUGCAGAAAAUGAUGAAUUAACAAAACUCAAAAAGAUUCUUCAUGCGAAAGAGGAUGUUAUUGCGCAGCUGGAAAAGAAUGUAAUUGAACUAGAAGCCAAGUUUCAUGAGGAAAUGCAGCGAAAUAAAAUGGCAAUAGCCACACAGUCGGAUACACUUUCUGGCAAGCUGAAAAAGAUGGAAGAAGAGAAAAGUGAGAAAGAUCGUAAGAUAGCAGAAUUAACAGAGGAGAAAGAAAGACUGUCCGAGAAACUGGAAGACGAACGCAAAAGUUCAGAAAGUAGAACGAGUUUGUUGGAAAGAGAAAUUGAUCGCAUUAGGAAUACUGACGACCGCAGAUUUCGCGAAGAUAUGGCACGUAUGGAACAAAUGCGUCUAAAAAUUGCUGACAGACGUUGUUUUACAACAGAACGUUCCCGUAAUCGAUGCGUACAUCAUGGGCGAACAUCAUCCGGAACACGUGCUGGUUUGGUUCAUAUACAUUUGAGAGCGAAUUCAGCAACAGCACUUCUUCCUACCGACUUGCAUCUUUCAUCACCGGAUGCGCUUCCCACAUCAGCCGAUAUACCAUUGGAUCUGUCAAAUGAUAGUGCUAUUUCUGCUGUUACUUCUGCUGCUGUCAUCACUGCUACUCGUUCAACUAGCAAAGCUUUAACAACUUUCCCACACUCCUCAUCAUGUCAAGAGGAGAUAUUUGCUGAUCAGAACUGUGUUUCUGAUGCAAAGGAAGUCUACGGCACAAAUUUGAAUGGCUAUAAACGACCAAUUUCAAUCCCACCGCAUUAUGAUUUGGCAUUUUCUGGUAGUGAAGAUUUAUAUUCUAAAAUUUCGAAUCGAUCAACUGCAAAAUCAGAUACUAUCGUUGGUGCUACCAUCACUAAUGAGGAACUAUGCGGAAAACAUAUUUCAACGGAAGAAAUCUGGGAUGUUUAA